AUGAACCAAGAAAAAAAUGAAUCAACAACUAAUAAUAAAUUUGUUGGACAAGAAAUUUCCAAUGUACUUAAAGAAUAUGAUUAUGGAAUUCGACCUGGCUCAAUAAAAGUUUUAACGUCAACGUCAACAACAAAUAAUGAACCUCAAGGACCAUUAUAUUCAAAAUUUGAGUUGAUAUCACUCGAAAAUAUUAAGUUAAUAAUUAAAAUAUUUGAAGAAGGAUACCUUAUUGAAUCAUUUGAAUCAGAAGAUGAUGUUAAUGAGAAAGAUUCUGAAACGAUGAAAAAAUGGGUAAACAAACCAUUUGAAUCAAUGGAAGCUUUAUUAUUAACAGUUAGUCCAAAAUUUGGAGAGAAAUUUCAUGAUGCUUUGUUUAGUAAGCUUUCGAAUAUUAAUGCUGAACAACAAUCAACAGAUGAUAAAAAGAAUAAGAAUGACAAUGAUUAA